AUGACUUGUUUCGAUUCAUCACUCUGGAGAACGAUCGAUCUCCGGAUUCUAUGGUCCGACCUUCUUAUAAGGGUGGACACUGAGCUCAGGUUGUCACAAGCACUGAUGACUAUAGUAGCUUAUGGUCAUGGAAACAUCACCAGCAUUGUGUUCCAUCCCAACUUACCUACAAAGGAUGAGCACUUGAACAUCAUCAGUCGAGGAUGCCCUCAUCUUAAAAGGCUCGUCAUGCCGUGUUGGGAUUCCAUCAGCGUAACUGCAAUGAGUGAUGCCAUAAAUAACUGGGGAGAAUUGGAAUCGAUAACCAUGCCUAGCCUUACUCCUUCCUUCCGAACCAUGCUGACCAUUGAUGGAUCUUGCGAGGGGCUCUCUCAGCUAAAGGUCGUCGGUGUCGUUCAUGAUGGAUUUCUAUCAUCGCCUUUUGGAAACUUCCCCUUCGAGCUGAAGGUGUUGAGCUUGCAAUGUUGCUUGGUGCCCUUGGGAGGUCUACUGACAAUAAUGGACAUGCAUCUUCAUCUCGAGGUGCUUAAUCUGUCACACGUACUAUUGCAUCUUGAUGAACGUAUGAAUCCCAUACCACUGAUGAAAUUGUUCGACAACCCAGUAGGGAUGUUGAUUCUUGAGAAAGCUUUCAGGUUGAGUAGCUUCUUCUACUGCGAGGACUACGCAUCAUGCAAUGAAUGCCGGAGGAUGAUAGAUGGUCGCACGAGGCACAGUGAUGGUUGGUGGAGGCCGGACGAGGUGGCCUCUUUGAAUUUGAGAGAGUCCGAUGAUAUAUAG